AUGGGAAGACUAGUUCUUCUGGGAAUGUUGUGUGGGUCAUUGCACUUGUUAGAUGGUGAGCCUGUGUCAGGUGAAGUUAACAGCAGUGUCAUGAAGAAACCAUCUAAGGAUGAGACAGUCUUGUGGCAUAGACGUCUUGGGUACAUGAGUAUGAAGAAUCUACAGAUUUUAACCCGGAAAGAGGUGAUCGAUAAGAGGAGGAUUGGUGUUUUGGAGUUCUGUGAGAGCUGUGUGAUGGGGAAGCAGAAAAGAUUAAGCUUCAACAUUGGGAAACAUGAUACAUGUGAAGCUCUGAGGUAUGUACAAGAUGAUUAA